AUGGCUACGGACGAUGGUUGUAAAAGUCUUUAUGUUGGUAAUCUCGAUCCAAGGGUAACGGACAGCAUGCUUCAUGAGAUCUUUGGAGUAGCAGGAUCCGUGAACAAUACGAAAAUCAUUCCUGAUAAAAAUGCACUGUUUGAACGAGGUCUAAUAUGGAGUCACCCCGCAAUGGCUGGCCUUGCUGGACACUCGAGUUGCGCUCCAUAUAUAUAUGACGCAGCUCAAAGGUUGGAAUCCUUUAUCUUCCCUCAAUAUUUUUAUAUUUUGCUUACUUAUUUAAUUCUCCUUGUGUACCAACACGGAGGGCUGAAUUAUGGCUUUGUGGAAUUCAACGACCACCGUUCAGCCGAAACAGCUCUUCAAACACUUAAUGGAAGAAAAAUAUACAACAUGGAAAUUAAGGUGAAUUGGGCAUUUCAAGGACAACAAGGUCAUAAAGAAGAUACAUCAAAUCAUUAUCAUAUCUUUGUUGGGGACUUAAGUCCUGAAGUUAACGAUGAAGUGCUUGCUAAAGCAUUUAGCGCAUUUGGAAGCAUGUCGGAUGCCCGUGUUAUGUGGGAUGUUAAUUCUGGAAAAUCUCGGGGAUACGGAUUUGUUGCUUUCCGUGAUAAGACGGAUGCGGAACAAGCCAUCGCAACAAUGAAUGGGGAAUGGCUUGGAAGUCGUGCUAUCCGGUGUAAUUGGGCCAAUCAAAAAGGACAACCGGGUCCUGGAAGCACAUCAGAUCGACAAGGCUCCACACAAACGCCUCAAUUAUCCUACGAAAUCGUUGUUGCACAAACACCACACUAUAAUAGUACCGUAUAUGUUGGGAAUUUACCGCCUUAUACUACACAGGAUCAUUUGAUACCAUACUUCCAAUCUUUCGGAUAUAUCAUCGAAGUUCGCAUGCAAGCGGAUCGUGGUUUUGCUUUUGUUAAACUAGAUUCUCAUGAAAACGCUGCGAAUGCAAUCGUAAAUUUGCAAAAUACGAAUAUCAAUGGACGAAUUAUUAAAUGUUCAUGGGGAAAAGAUAGGGCACCAGAACAAGCCACGGCUUCUUACCAUACAUAUGGUGUGCCAAAUACGGCUUACAACUAUCCGUACGGAUAUUAUAGUAAUCAUACCGCACACCCUUAUCCCGCAGCUGUAAAUGAAAGCGGGUAUGAUCUUCCACCCGGCAUGUCUGCGCCACCGCCAUCUUUAGCAUCUCUUGAUGGUGCUACUGCUGCAGCGGUAGUCGCAGGUCAACAACAACAUCCUACCGCUAAUUGGGAACAAUAUUCUUAUAACGGUGGAUAUGAUGCGUAUGGGCAAUACUUUCCGUACGGUUAUAAUCAACCCACUGGUGCAGGUGCUCCUGGCGCACCGGGGAUUGGAACUCCGACUAGUUCGGUUGCUGGAAGUCAUCCUCCUUCAGUUGGUAGUCAUGGUCCUUCCGGUGGAAGCGCAUAUUCUGGCUAA